CGGCCUGCCAAGACUUGGCCCACCUCCUGGGCCCACAGUAAGGCAGGUACCAGCCAUCCAGGCAGUGCUUGAGCUGCAAAAACUGACACCAGUCCUCAACGGACCUGGACCUCUGGCCCAGCCCUCCCCAGUGGCCUUCUCUAUAGUGGCUGCAUCUGCAUCAGAUACUUUGAGCUGCAACUCCCUGCAGGGUGGAGCACCCAUCUCAGGCAGAAGGUUUUGGUGCCCCCCACUGACCCUACAUCCCAGGGCUGCUGCUGCCGCUGCCUGUCGCCUCAGGCUUCAGGAUGAAAGGGGAGACCCCUGUGAACAGCACUAUGAGUAUUGGGCAAGCACGCAAGAUGGUGGAACAACUUAAGAUUGAAGCCAGCUUGUGCCGGAUAAAGGUGUCCAAGGCAGCAGCAGACCUGAUGACUUACUGUGAUGCCCAUGCCUGUGAGGAUCCCCUCAUCACCCCUGUGCCCACUUCAGAGAACCCCUUCAGGGAGAAGAAGUUCUUCUGUGCUCUUCUUUGAGCUGUCCUGUCCCCCCUCACAGCUCCUCAUCUUUCCCUCUCCUUAAUCCUCUAAGGCACCCUGCAUCCCAUUCCUAACACUUGCCCAACCACGUGAGGUUAUCUGAAGCACAAGGCCCUCCCUCAUCUAUUUGUCGACCGCAUUUUCUCACCCUUUUACACCGGACACCCUUUGCUCCACCCA